UUUCGUUUUCUCUCUGUUUCUUCCUUGUGAGUUUCGCGUUAGCAUGAUGAGGAAAUCAAUUACCAUCCUCACCCAUUUCAAAUCAAGGAUGAACUUCUUGGCUUCACUUCAUCCAAGAUCAUGGAGUUCUCGGACCACUCCUCUUUGCCCCAAUCGACCGGACCCUAAUUUCAAGAGUCUCGAUCAUAAUCGUAAUGCGACACUGAGCCUUCUCUCCUCACGCCGCUUUACCUCGACUACAUCACAGAAUCCUUUCACUUUGAAUUCCGUUGACGAUUCCAUUCAGAAUCAGGUCCUAGAUUUUCCUGGAGGAGCAGUGAAAUUCAUCCCAGAAAUGAGGUUUAUAUCUGAAUCACCUCAGGAGAGAAUACCCUGCUACCGUGUCCUUGAUGACAACGGGCAGCCAAUUUUGGACAGUAAUUUUGUGCAGGUCAGUGAGGAAGUUGCUGUUGAGAUGUAUACUGACAUGGUUACACUCCAAACUAUGGACACUCUCUUCUAUGAAGCACAAAGGCAAGGUAGAAUAUCAUUUUAUGUAACAACAAUUGGAGAAGAGGCUAUCAAUGUUGCAUCAGCUGCAGCUCUUUCCAUGGAUGAUAUUAUUUUCCCUCAGUAUAGGGAACAGGGUGUCUUGUUAUGGCGUGGUUUCUCUCUGCAAGAAUUUGCAAACCAAUGUUUUUCCAAUAAAUAUGAUUAUGGGAAAGGACGGCAGAUGCCGGCCCAUUAUGGGUCCAACAAGCACAAUUAUGUUACCGUAGCAUCAACUGUUGCUACGCAAAUUCCCCAAGCAGUUGGGGCUGCAUAUUCCCUAAAGAUGGAUAAAAAGGAUGCAUGUGCUGUCACUUACUUCGGUGAUGGUGGCUCAAGUGAGGGAGAUUUCCAUGCCGCUUUAAAUUUUUCAGCGGUUAUGGAGGCCCCAGUUAUUUUUAUAUGCCGGAACAAUGGAUGGGCUAUCAGCACCCCUACUUCAGAUCAGUUUCGAAGUGAUGGUGUUGUUGUGAGAGGACAGGCAUACGGAGUCCGUAGCAUACGUGUUGAUGGCAAUGAUGCCCUGGCCAUAUAUAGUGCCGUCCAAGCUGCUCGCCAAAUGGCAAUUAGUGAAGAGAGACCAGUUCUAAUAGAAGCUCUUACAUAUAGAGUGGGACACCACACCACGUCCGAUGACUCUACCAGGUAUCGUCCAGCCAAUGAGAUUGAAUGGUGGAGACUGGCACGUGAUCCUGUAGCAAGAUUUAGAAAGUGGAUUGAAAGGAAAGGUUGGUGGAAUGGUAUGAAUGAAUCAGGUCUUAGGAACAGUUUGAGACAACAGCUUCUGCAUGUAAUUCAAGUCGCAGAGAGUGUAGAAAAACCUCCGCUUGCAGACAUAUUUAGUGAUGUUUAUGAUGUCCCUCCGUCAAACCUCCGUGAACAGGAGCAAUGGUUGAAGGAGACUGUAAAAAAACAUCCACAAGAGUACCCAGCAAAUAUUUCUGUGUAGUUUUAACUUUGUGUAUGAAUAUUGCAUGUGCAUAAUGCUGUCCUGAUUUUGCACUUGGAUCGGGUAUUUGCAGUUCUGGGUGUUUUAGUAGUUUCCCACAUGCAUGAUCGGUUAAUCAAUAGCGUAAGGUAAU